CACACAUACACGAACUCUGUUGGCAGAUGCAGAAUCUUAGGCCGUUGCCUUGCAUUGUUCGUGCUCUUUAUGAAUGGCGUGGAGAACGCUCAGGAGACCUGAGUCUCAAUGAAGGUGAUCUAGUUGAAUGUCUAAGCUAUGGAGACGGAAAAUGGUGGAUCGGUAGAAGUUUGGAUGGAAACAGCCAAGGAUUGUUUCCAAGUAAUUUUGUUGACUUUGUGGAUACAAAAGGAAGCUCACCUCAAAUGAUACCAAAUGAAAUACCAAGAAAAAGUCCAAUUUCCGGAUCAAGUCCUAGCUACGGUCGGUCUCGAAGGAACAGCAGUGCUCGGCCUUCCAGCAGAGCAGAUUCCACAUAUAGCUUAUCGACAAGCCCUCUCACUUCCUCUGCUACAGGCCCUAUUUCGUCACCAAUGAAGCUCUCCCAGGGAUCUUUUCAAUCUGGUUUACAACAAAGUAGCAGGAACAGCUUUUCCGACUCAAGACAUUUGUUACCAACAAAUUCAAAUGCUUCCAUCAUGAAUAAAUCCCGUUCACGACAUUCCAGUCGAGCUCCAUCACCGGCAUUCGUCAACUCCUCAGUUGACAGGGCCAAAUUGUCUCCCAGUCCGAUGCAAAGUGCUAUGGAAGAUGUCAUGUCCUCUCUUAACAAAAUGCAUGUCCGUCGGAAGUCAGCUGCCUCUUCCAUUUUAGGUGCUGAUGCACGGUCUGUCAUAACUGCCGAUGUUGCUAGCAUCAUGAGCCGAACCCCUUCCCCUCGACCUGUUUCCCCGUCUAUUCCAAAUGCAACAGUUUCUUGGCAGAAAAACGCCAGUACAACCUCAGUUCGUCAAACGUCAAACAAGCCUCCACCUUUGCCCACGAAGGCGGCUACGACUGUUGCGGCUCUCGCAGCUGCUACCGCGGCAGCUGUUCCCUCUCCUGUACAGCCAAUAUCUGUUGCUCGCAUGAAUACCCGCACAAGUCAGAAAUCCAUGGCACGUUCUUCUGCUGAGUUUGUUCCGCAUCACAGACGUUUUCAGAGUGCACCCGCACCUAUUCCAAAACCGGUCUCAACUUUUGUACCAUUAAGCAGGGUUGAAACAAACAUAUCUAGCCUGUCACCACCCGCACACGGAUCGAACCAACGUCCGUCUAGUUCACAAUCUUUUCGCAAACGAAGCACUGGGUUUUUUAAACAGGCUUUUAGAAAACUUUUGGGACGACACUCAUCCAAGCGUAUAGCGACAUUUUCGUCUUCCAAUUCGGAUCCAGCUUUAGGAAGUUCGAGAGCAGCGAUCGUUGAAAAAGCAAAUCAGUCUACUACUCCAAUACCCUCUCAUACCCUUGAGGCUGCUCGAAGAGAUUUACAACGUGUGGCUACUUAUCAAUCGGAUGAACUAUCCAAAAAACGCCAAUUCGUUGUAGAAACAUUGCGCAUGCCUUCUUAUCAACCAUUCCGAGUACUGAAUAACUGUGCAGGUAAUGUGCUGGUAGACGGCGAGGCUAUCGCUUUUAGUCAUGGAUUAGAUACACGAAACAUGAAUUUUAGUCUUGUUGACAAGCAGGCACGAUCUGUACAGAUUUCUGAUUCUUUUGUUAGUAUCAAGAACUUAACGAGGACUUAUCUUUGUAAUGGAUUGGACAACCCUAUUUUUAAAAUGCGUGCUAUUUUUAUCUUCGUUGCUGAACGUAUUGAAAUGGAAGAGCCAAAUAAUUCUUUUCUUCCUGUUCGAUCCAGCAAACAAGUACUUGAAGAGUGUCGUGGUUCACCUUCUGAAAUUGCACUAUUAGUAAAAGACAUGUGCAAUUGCGUUGAUAUCUGGUGUGAAACCGUUCACGGUUUCCUGAAGUCUCCGGAUAAUCCAUAUUAUGCUAAAGUCACCUCAAUAAAUCACACCUGGAAUGUGGUGACAGUCGACGAAGAAGUUCGUUUGAUUGACGCUUGUUUGGCAAACCCUAUGCAUCCGCAUAGCGUUUUAUCUACGCAGAAUGCCGAUGACUUUUAUUUCUUGAUGAAACCACAUGAAAGUAUUCACUUGCAUGUACCAGAAAACCCUGAUCAGCAGUUUCUGGAGCCUGAUAUUUUAGCUCCAAUCGCUAUGUCACUCCCUUACGUUUCAUCCGUCUACUUUACUCUUGGCCUACAACUUUCUAGAUAUGACACGAGCUUAUUGCAUCUAUAUGGUUUACGGUGUCUUCAAUUAGACAUGCAGAUACCUCCCGAUGUUGAGUGUGUUGCGGACGUUGAUUCGUCCAUCAAUUUCUCAAGAACCAAGGAAGCUGACGCAGGCAGUAAGUACGCUUUAACUCAGUCGUACUAUUUAAAUUCGUCAACUCGGAUGGUUCGAAUAAAGGCUGUUAUGCCCUCCAAUUGCAAAAAUGCGGUGUUACGCAUUUAUGCCGGCAGGAAAGGUGCAACAAACACCACUAAGGCAAAUGCCUAUCCCAUGGCAGUGUCAAUUCCUUUCUUCCAUACCGGUGAGAACUCGCCUUUUGAAUUUGUUACGCGACAUCCGGUUCUUCAUGCACCUCCCGUCGAUCUCUACAUAGUAACUCCACAAAGUGGUUGGCUCUAUGUCGGCGCUGAAUACACAUUCCGCAUAAAGACCCAUGCUGCAAAUAAUGCUCAAGUUCCCGCCGAGGUUCGUUUAGCAGUGCAAACACCAACCGGCAGGAUUGUUCGUCUCCAUUCGGAGAAUGGUUAUGAGCAAAACAAGCAGUUAUACUUUACUCUUAGAAUAUCCGAAACUGGCGAGUACAGAGCACUUGUUUUGGGUGAAAAAAUUGGACGCUGGAUCGUUUUUGCAACGUGGAAAGCAAUUUAAUUAACGUUUUAUUAAUGCACCCUCACCCACUAAAAACUCUUUGCUCAGUGCUUACAUAAGCAAGAUCGUUCCCAUUAAUUCUGUUCAAGAUACUUAGAGUUACGAUGCCUAAAUAUAUUUUUUGCAUGUUAAAAUUAGAAAGAAUAUAAACUAGAAUGUGAUAUCCCA